CCCUCGCGGACCCGGGCGGGCGCCUCUGCAGAGACCCGCUGCGUCCCGCGACCCGUCCAGGCGACCCCCCGGCCCCCGGCCGCCCCCGGCGACUGUGCCAUGAGGACCCCAGAAGGGCGGGUCCCCGGCGCGGGCGGGACAUCGGCCCAGGAGCUCGCGGCCGGCCUCUGCCGGGAGGGGGACCGGCACCUGGCCCUGGGGGCGCCACCCCUGGCCGCCGCCUUCUACCUGGCCGCUUUCAGCUGCCACGCCCCUCCACCGUGCGGAGCGUCCGCGCGGCCCCUGGCGGAGGACCGGGGCGCGCCCGUGGUGGCCACCCUGGAGGCCUGGAGCCGCGGCGACGCCGGGAUCCCUGCGAUCCACUGGGGACGGCAUGGCGUGGUCUCCCUGAGCGGGACGCUGGCUGCCGCCUUCCUGGCCGCCCUCCGCCCGGACCCCCCGGCCGCCACCCUCCACGCGCUGGCCGGCCUGCUGGCCCGAGGGCGCCACGACGAGGCUGCCCGCCGCUGCGACCUCUGCUGGCCGACCCACUCCCAGCAGGCCCUGGAGCUGCGGCUCACGCGCGCCCUGGCCUGGGUGCUGUCCGGGGCGGCGGCAGGCCAGGGCGUGGCCGCCUAUCUCCAGGCCUUUGAGGCCAGCGCCAGCCGGACAGUGGCCUUCAUGCGCACCCACCAGCAGCCCUACCUCCCCUUGCUGGUCAGCGCCCUGCAGGACCACAUCUCGGGGCAGUGGGAGGCUGUGCAGGGGCUCCUGGCUGCCCUGGACCCAGAAGGCACCUGGAGCGACCCCCUGUCACCCACGGCUCUGCUCCGCCACGGCCGCUAUGAGGACUGUCCUGGCAGCGCAGCCCGGGCGCUGGAGCCGGACCCUGCAGGCAGCAGGCCUCAAGGUGAGCGCCUGGCGGCCCUGCUGGUCACCCGCGCAGCCGCAGCCUUCUUCCUGGACGGCCGGGCCCAGGAUAUGCUCCGGACCUGCUGGAGGCUUUAAGAGAGCCCCUCCGGGGCCCGGAGGCAGUUCGACGCCGCGCUCUCCGCCGCGGACAAGGAGAGCGUCCGGACCCAGGCGCAGGAGGUCGCGGAUGUGGGCUUUGCCCGCUUCCAGGAGGCCGUGCGAAGCCGCGCGGAGCUCCGCGAGGACGCGGACCGCGAGCUGCUGGCCCCGGUGACCCGGCUCCGCUUUCUGCUGCGCGUGGCACCGCCCGGGGCGCGGCCAGCGCUGGGGGCCCGCCUGGCCGAGUGCCUGCUGCUAACCGGGGACGCGGCGGGCGCCCGGGUGCUGUGCGCGCCUGCUGCGGCCCGCCGCCGGGGAGACCCUCCCGGCGAGCGCCCCGGCCACCGGGCGCCCCUGCUGGCGCUGCGCGGCUUCUGCGCGCUGCACGUCGGCGACGCGCGGCGCGCCCGGGAGGACUUCCAGGCGGUGGUGGAGCAGGGCGCGCCGCACCCCGGUGGCUGCGUGCGGGCGCUGUGCGGGCGCGGGCUGCUGCGUGUGCUGGCGGGCAGCACGUUCCUGGGCGCGCUGGACUAUGUCACCGCGUGUCGGCUGCGGCACGAGGAGGUGCUUCUCGUGGCCAAGGCGCUGGUGCCCUGGAACCAGCGCGGUCUGCUGCUGACCGUGCUGCGAGAGGAGGGCCGCGGGAUGCUGCAGCAGACGCCACGCCGCGGGAGGAGGGCCGCGGAGACGGGCGGCCCCCCCGCGCCUCAGGAAGGGUGAGGACUGGGCGUCGCCCGCGGAUUGCCGUUUCUCCAUCCUGCUGCCACGCUGCUGAUGGAGCUGGACACAGAGGACGGGGCCGCGCGCCUGCGGGCCGACGCCCUGUACCGCCUGGGCCACCUAGACGCCCAUAGGGUGCUGCUGGUGGCCCUCUCCCCGAGGCCCCAGGCGGCCCCUGUGCUGGCGCGGCUGGCCCUGCUGCAGCUACAGGGCUUCUUCUAUGACGCCGACCAAUUGGUGGAGAGGCUGGUCCGGGCCGGGGACACAGCCUGCCUGCCGCCUGCCCUGGAACGUCUUCCGUUCCGACGAGGAACCGGCAGCUGCUGCACAGGCCACUGCCGCCGGGCCCUGGGCAUCCUGCGGGUGCAGCCAGGCGCGGUCGACGGCGGGCCCCGCACGGAGGCCAUCGCCUACCUCUCCCUGGCCAUCUUCCCACAGCUCCCCCCAGGGCCCCAGGCCGGCGAGGCCCUGCUCACCCGCGCCCGCUGCUACGGUUUCCUGGGCCAGAAGAAGACUGCCCUGCUGGACUUUGACGCCGCGCUGCGGGCCCAGCCAGGGAGUGUGCCUGCACUGUGCGGACGGGCCCUGGUGCGCCUGGCCCUGGGCCAGAAGGAGGAGGCUGUGGACGACAUCAUCUCUGCCCUGAAGCUUGACCCAGGGACCGCGGUCCCCGAGAUCUGCUCUCUGAAGCCAGAAGCCCAGGCCCUCAUCACACAGGGCCUCUACUCCCACUGCCGGGCGCUCCUGAGCCGGCUGCCAGACACUGGGGCCCCCCUCAGCGACGAGGACUCCGAGGGCCUCCUUGCCGCAGGGGAGGCGCUCAUCAAAAUCGACGCCCAGCAGCCCAGCUGGCACACCCUCCUUGCAGACAUUCUCAUGGCAGCUGGCAGGUUUGAGGAGGCCAGUGCCCAUCUGCAGAAAACCCUACACCUGGCCCUGCAGUCAGAGAGGGCACGGGCCCGGCUCAGCCUGCUCCAGCUCAGGAGUGGAGAACCGCUGGCCGCUGCCCAGGAGCUGCAGGGCCUGGCGGAAAAGGAUGCCGAGGACCUCAACUUCCUGCUGCAUCUUCUGGGGGCCUCGGAGCGGCAGAGCCUCAGCCAGGCUGCAGCCCAAGAAGCCAGCGCCUUCCUGAGGAAGGGGCUCCUGGAGCAGGCCCUGGGCUACUGCUCGCUGGCGGUGCUGGCCGACGGGGGCAGUGCCCGGCACCUGCGCCUGCGGGCUGCCUGCCUGGCCGAGCUGCAGGAGUUUGGCCGGGCCCUGGAGGACCUAGACCGCGUGCUGCAGGUGGGCACAGGAGACGGCGACGCUCCAACGCAGGUGGAGGACUUGUGCUCCCGGGGCCGCCUGUUGCUGAGCCUGGGCGAUGAUGCCGGGGCCGCCAGGGCCUUCUCCCGGGCCCUGGAGCUGGCGCCGGCCCCAGCCUUGUGCAGCCUGCGGGAGCGGCCGGGCCGGGCCCCCACAGCCUGUGUGUUCCUGCGCCAGGGGCAGCGCUGCCUGGAGGAGCGGCGCUACCCUGACGCUUGGGCGGCUGCUGAGAGCGGCCUCCUGGUGGACCCUGAGCAGAGCGACCUCAAGAGACUGAGGGCGAGAGCCCGGUGGGAGGCAGCGUCAGGCUGCCGGCUCCACUGACCAUCCAGCAGCCCACCACGGGUCCCCUGCAGUGCUCAUCGGAUGCCCAGCCCAAAUCAGGGAGACGCUCACCCACCUCCCGCCUUUCCCAGCCGUGGGUGGGUGGGUGCUGGGGGAACUGCACCUGCUUGGCAGGACCCUCCUGGGAGGGUGACUCAGAGCCCCCUGCCACGAUGACACCUCACCCCUGCAGUUGGGCACCUCUGGGCCAGCACCUGCGAGUCAGGCUUCAAAGGAGCAGCCACAGGCUUGUCCCUGACUCAGGGUCCUGCAGGUUGGACGGGUUAAGGGCAGGCCCCCCGUGCCCUCAGGGAGAUGGGUGCACACCCACCCCACAGGACCCUUCCUGGGGUGAGCAGCUGCCUGAGACGCAGAGCCUGGUGUGAUCCUCAGGCUCCUGCAGGACAGAGGGCCACCCCCAGGACACCACUCCCAGGCAGGGCACGGCCUGCUGACCCCACCAGGGGCUUUCGUCAGUUCCUCUCCCCGGGGGAGCCCAGCGCCUGAGCCCUUCACCCACGACCACCAGCUUCCAGGCCUGCAGGUCCAUGGAGCCAAACAGAGACCACCGAGGGGGCCUUGAGGAGAAAACGUGCCUGGUUUCUCCAUGGUUAAACUCGUGGUGAAGCUGUUGGUGCACACGGUGUGUCCCAAAAGCUCGAAACGGCCUGGUCUCCGUGGAUUAAACUCCUUUGCACGAUCUUG